AUGAGAAAAUGGAAGAUUAUUUUGGCUCAAUACCGAAGAGAAAAGAAAAAAAUCUUGGAUUCAAAAUCUUCAGGUUCUGGGAUUUCAGAUAUAUAUAAGCCAAAAUGGUUUGGUUAUGCAUAUCUGAAUUUCUUUCAAGGGAGGGACGAACUGAACGUGAGCAUAUCAUCACAAGACGAAAGAAAUGAACAAUUAAUACAAGAUAUCCAGCAUGUCACAGAAAAUGAAGAUCAAGAAAGUCCUCAUAAAAGACCAGUCAACAAUUUCAAGGUUCCAAAGAACUCGUUGAAACGUCGUGCUGACGAUGAAGACCCUGUAAUUACUCAUGCUUCGUCGGUUAUGGAUAACGUAAUGAAGCAGCUGGAAGCAAAAAAGCGUGAUGAUGACGAAAUUUUUGCUGCUGCCGUAGCAACGAAAUUAAGGAAAAUUAAAGAUGAGGGAAAGAAGAUUUUAGUACAACGGGACAUUGAUAAUUUAUUGUAUGACGCUAUUAUAGGUACUGGAAAAUAUGCUACGACUCCAAUGCCUUCACCGUAUUGAAACAGGACACAUUUUCUGUAGUUGAUAUCUUGCUUGGAAAUAAAAGGACUAACUGCAUUGACCUUCAACUCAAAAUCUUCGCACAAUAUACAAGUAAAAUUUUGAAAUCCUCUCAAUGGAUCCAAUUUUUUCUCUACUAUAUUUUUUUUCGUUUCUUCAUUGCGUCGUAGUCUCACCUAACAUCGUGGUUUCUUUCUUUCUUUCUUUUUAAGCAGACAACAUAAUAAGACACAGGCUGCAGCACAAACCACAACGUUUUCCUGUCUGUCGCAGUCGGCCAUGGUCGCCAGAAAAACUUCGCAGUGAACAAGUGUGCGACACUGUGCGCUCACAAAAGUUACACACAUCAUUGCCGGUGAAGACAGAAGCCAAACGCGCUUAGUACGUGUUCUGCUAUAGUUUCGCAGAAAAUGUUUGUAAACAAAUUUGCUGCAAGCUUAUAAGACGUAUCUAUUGUGCUAUUCUAAAUGUCAUGCCAUGUAU